AGCGUACUCGAUUGCUCGUCGUGAUCACGUUAGAAAAUAGUUGUAUUUUUUAGUGAAACCUCUCAUUGUAAUUAUGCGUAAUUGAAAGGAUUGAUAACGGUGACCUACAUCACUGAAACUUUAGUGGUUUAAGUAAGUGUACUGUGAUUAGUGGCGUGAAAUUUGUCAUGUUCGAUUACACUAAAAUUAUUAUCUUAUCUUUACCUGGUUUGUUUAUCUUGUAGUGUUUAAACCUGUGCUUGUUUAUAGGAAUAUUACUAGUGAUCGAUACAGUUCGUAUAAGUGUAUUGGAAGCCCUUAGGAAAGGGUGUAAUAGCAAAUAUGGAUAAUCUUAGGUUAUAUUUUGUGACAUGGAAUGUAGCCACAAAGGCGCCGUCACAAGAUAUUAAUGCUUUACUGGACUUCCCGUCUCAGUUCAACAAGAAUAAGCCGCUGCCAGACUUUUUCAUUCUAGGCCUGCAAGAGGUAAAAUCGCAACCCCAAAACAUGGUCAUGGACUCCCUAUUCUCGGACCCGUGGACGUCGGCCUUCAACAAAGUUCUGUGCCGACAGGAGUAUGUAAUAGCCAAGUCUAUAAGACUGCAGGGAUUGCUGCUGUUGGUGUAUACGCAGUUGAAGCAUAUCACGCAUCUGAGGGAUAUAGAGGCGCAGUAUACUAAGACGGGCUUGGGAGGAAUGUGGGGCAACAAAGGCGCAAUCAGCAUACGCUUCAACAUCUACGGCUGCUCCGUCUGUUUCGUGAACUGCCAUCUAACAGCGCACGAGCAUUUACUAGCGGACAGGGUGAAUGACUACAACACCAUCAUAAAAUAUCAUAAUUACCAUGUUCAGGAGACUUCUAAUAUUUUAUACCAUGACUACGUAUUCUGGAUAGGUGACCUAAACUUCCGCACAGACCAUCCUACCGGCAGCAGCCCAACGUCAGAAGAAAUCGUCACAUCACUAAAGAAAGUUGAGAAAGACGUGUAUACGAAUAUAUUGAGGCACGACCAGUUGCUAGCCGUUAUGGAGAGUGAGGAAGCUUUUGCGGAGUUUAGUGAGCCGGAUAUCAAGUUCCCGCCUACUUAUAAGUUUAAUAUCGGGACGGACGAGUAUGAUAUCAAACGAAAACCUUCCUGGACAGACAGGAUACUAUACAAAGUGAUCGCGAACAACUAUGAGAACAUAACCCUCCGAGCGGACUUGAUAUCUUAUAAUCACAUACCGUUCUACACGCUGAGCGACCACAAACCUGUGGUAGCGCAGUUCAAUAUUAAGAUCCGUCACGGUUUCAUUCGCUCGCUGAUCGAACGCGAAUCGCCCAAACCACGAGCAACCAUUCGCAUGAGGUCCGCCGUUAUAGCCCCGAUGUCACAGACAAUACAAGACACUGCCGAAAAGACGGUGACUGAUGGGCUGGACGCAGUGAGCGCUGAUAUUUGUGAGUCUACAGAGACGUUCGCAAACUACACGGAGAAGACGAUCAAGUUCGUGCUGAACAACCAGAAAUGGUACAUCGGGGACUCGGAGUACAGGAUGGAGUGUAUCCUGUCUCAGGACGUCGAGAUACAUCCCAACGACUGGAUCGGCAUUUACGAUGCAUCCUUCCAGAACCUGGACGACUACAUAGCCUACGAGUACAUGGCUAAAGUGCACCGGCCAGAGAUCCAGCCUGUACACGUAGCCCCGGGCACGCGAGUGGUGAUUCUGAGCUUCCCGGUGGGCAGCGGCGUGAGGAUACCAGGCUUCUACCGGUUUAUAUACUUCAGCCAGCCUAAUAGCGACGUGCGGAGCGUUCUAGGCGUCUCAACCCCCUUCGAAGCCAGCUUCAAAACCGAGGACCCCCAAUGGGCGUCAACCAGCACCAACCCCACCCCGAAACCCACCUCGGCCACCUCGGACGUGUUCACAGACUUCACGGGCCUCGACGUUGCGAAUCUGUCGCGGCACUUCUCGCACGACUUGAGUAUCGACUGACUAAAGAGUUACUUGCCUGGUUCGCCGGCAAAUGGGAGGAGGAGGCCUUAAGGUGUGUGUAAGGUCACAAAUUUUGGGCC